GGCGGGGCGGGCGAGGCGUUUCUGGGCAUGCGCGCGCCUUCUGGCGUCUGGGGCUGAGAACGCGGCGUGGUGUGGGGAUUCGCAAACCAUGCCGAUCCGUCUGUUUCGCAGUCUCCUGCAGUUCCGCCGGCCGGGCUGCGCGUCGCUUCUGCCUCUCAGAGUGUCGGGGAGCUUUUGGGGAAGACCCCAACUGGUAGCCUUGAACCAUGCCUAUAGCACAGAGAGCGAGAACUCCAAUAAAUCCGUCGGACGUUAUCCGAUACCGAAUAAGAAAGAUUUGCCCUAUGAUAUAGUGGAGCUCAUGGAGGAAGUGGAAGUAAAGACUGGGUUUUUGCCCAAUGUGUUUACGGCAAUGUCUCAUCGGCCAGCAGAAUUUAGAGCAUUCUUUGCUUACUACAAUGCCAUUAUGAACAAGGAAACAGGAAACCUAAAUAAGGCUGACAAAGAGCUCAUCAUUGUAGCCACAAGCAUCGUUAACAGUUGUCCCUACUGUGUGAUUGCACACGGUGCUUUACAUCGGAUAUACUCCAAGAAACCGACUUUAGCAGAUCAGGUCACAGUGAACUGGAAACUGGCUGACCUAAGUGCUCGGGACCUGGCUAUGCUUGAGUUUGCACUUGCUAUCUGCCGUGCGGAGAACAUCACCCAAGAGCACUUUCAUAAGCUGGAGGUACAUGGAUUUGACCGGGAAGAUGCUUGGGACAUUGCUGCGAUUUCAUCUUUUUUUGCCAUGUCCAACCGCAUGGCUCACUUCCUGGAUCUCCGCCCCAACCAGGAAUUUUACACCAUGGGGCGGAUGCCGAGAGAAAAAGCGGAGACCAAGUCCUCUUAACAAAGCCUGACUGGUUCUGUCAACAUUUACAGAAUCAUUGAGCCCCUGACAUGGGAGCAUCCUUUUUCUGACUAUUGCCUGCAGGGUGUGAGAUCACAGUGGUAGGCAGAACAGGAAUGGGACUUUUGUUCCUCUUGCGCAAAACUUCUAGGGUACCUUCCAGUCAGAUUUUCUUGCAGUGAGGUCACUGAGAGCCAUGGCAACAUCAGGUGUUUUCUGCUCAGCUUCUUUGGAUUGUGAUGCAACAGCCAAGUGAUGUAUCAUAGUUUGGAAAGAAGCUGCAGGAUUCUCACUUCCGUUGUUGUCUAAAAUUCAGUGUGACAGGGCUGCAUAUGCAUCUUCACAUGGGCUGUGAGAAUUUAUCACCGUGCUCCUGCAAGAGAGGUAUCUAACCAGAGGGAUUUCCCUCUUCCUUUCUCUCAGCUGGUCUUGUUUCUUAAGUAAUGGAACUGUUAUUCUAAUAGAGUCAUUAUUAUUCUAAUUGAGUCACUAAGACAGAUUCUAUUGCCAAGAGCGUCUUUGCACCAUUUUUGAUGGGGAACUUAAUAUUUUUCAAGAAAAGUGUGUGCUUUGUAAUGUAGAAAUGGUGACUUGCGCAUCUCUUUUUCAUCUGGGAAGCUGAUAACAUACACAGCGGUUUCUGAUGUACAUAUCUAUCAGAGACUACUUCCACAGUGGAAAAACAGAAGUCGCCUAUAGAUCUGAACCUCGGCAAGUCUCUCUGAUUACUUCUUUCUGCCGAAGAAUAUUUUUGCCUUUUUGCUUCAACAGUGGUGACACUAACUCCAUGUCACUCUAGCUUCUGCAUAGCAGAUUGGGAAGAGCCUCCUCUUCCCUUGAUAGAGCCAGUGAUAGCCUCAACUGGGGUGGGGGACCAUGUGUCUCCCCAUUUUUAAAUGUAGGAAGUACGUACUUGACGAAACAGACACAUUGAGUUGGAGUGGAGGGGAAUGAAUGUAGGCACAUAAGUAGCCUGGCAGGCUGGGGAGAUUACUGCACAUGUGCCCAUGAUAGUUAGAUAAAAGUUCAGGUUGAUCUGAUUAUUGUUAAAAGGUAAUAAAUCUUAAUAUUACUGGUGAA